AUGCAGUGCCUUCAAGCAGCUCGCAAUAAUUGCAAGAUUCUCCUCGGCCUUUGGAACUAUGAUAAGAUCGCAAAAUUCGGAUACUGGGAAUCCCUCCAUCUUUUCUCUGGAUUGUCUAUCCUAGCUCUUGCCCGCGUAUCAAUCAAUCGCGACCGAGUCUCAACGUCUUCCCCAGAAGAUCAUGAUGCAGCACUCUACUCUCGGACAAGAGAGCUUCUUCGCGAGAUGGCCCGCGUCGGCAACCCCGCUGCAAAGGACCACGAUGCAUUGCUAUCCGAUGUCGAGGCGAUGGUAAUGAGGGUUCAAGAAGAGGAGCGGUUGACGGAGCAGACGAGCACGGAGAUCGAGACGCCCAACGAGAACUUGAGCUUUUCCGACUUCAUGUUCGCGGACAUGGGCAGCGAGCAACAGAUCUGGUGCGACACGGAUUGGGAAAACAUACUGAGCUCGUAUACUCAAGGCAUAUGA